CACGAAUGUAAAUUGUUGUGUGCUGCUUUUUAGUGAGGUGUCGGUUUUUGUGUUUCAUGUGACACCAAUUACAGAUUUAACAAACAUUUCAACUCAUACGUAGACAGCAUGAAGAAAAAGGUGUUAUUGAUGGGAAAGAGUGGGUCUGGAAAGACCAGUAUGAGGUCCAUCAUUUUUGCCAACUACAUCGCAAGGGACACACGAAGAUUAGGAGCAACAAUUGAUGUGGAGCACUCCCAUGUGCGUUUCCUUGGUAACUUGGUGCUGAACCUCUGGGACUGUGGAGGACAAGAAGCCUUCAUGGAGAACUACUUCGCGAGCCAGCGAGACAACAUAUUCCGUAAUGUUGAAGUUCUCAUUUACGUGUUUGAUGUUGAAAGCCGUGAAUUAGAAAAAGAUAUGCACUAUUACCAGUCUUGUCUCGAGGCGAUACUUCAAAAUUCCCCGGAGGCUAAAGUUUUCUGUCUCGUGCACAAGAUGGACUUGGUACAAGAUGAUCAGAGGGAGUUGAUCAUUAGAGAGCGAGAGGACGACCUAAGGAGAUUGUCAAAGCCAAUAGAGUGUACAUGUUUUGCCACGUCUAUUUGGGAUGAGACCCUAUACAAAGCCUGGUCCUCCAUUGUGUAUCAGCUGAUUCCAAAUGUGAAGCAACUAGAGACAACACUGGCACACUUUACAGAUAUCAUAGAUGCAGAUGAAGUUCUUCUGUUCGAAAAGGCUACAUUUCUGGUGAUAUCCCACUGUGAACGGAAACCCCACAAAGAUGUCCACAGAUUUGAAAAGAUCAGCAACAUCAUCAAACAGUUUAAACUGAGCUGCAGUAAGCUGGCCGCAGCCUUCCAGAGCAUGGAGGUCCGCACAUCGAGGUUCGCUGCUUUCAUCGACGCAUUCACACCCAACACUUAUGUCAUGGUCGUCAUGUCGGAUCCUGGCAUACCCUCAGCAGCUACCCUGAUAAAUAUCAAGAAUGCCAGAAAACACUUUGAGAAACUGGAAAAAGUUGAUGGAGGUCAUCCCUCAUUGACAACAUAACAUUGACUACAGUAACUGCUUGGCUUUAUAAACUGGAUUUAGAAAGACAAUAUCGGAGAGUUAAAGAAAAAAGAAUGAACAGGAAAUGCUCAACUUAAACUUGAUUAAGAUGGAUAAGAUUGAAAGUUUUAUGUAAAUGAGUUAUUAAAGGGGGCGAUGUAUAUGGACUCAAGAGAGCUGAUGCAGUUAUCGUAGUGCAUGUUGGAACUUUAAUUAAUGCAGUAAAUGGAGGGUAUUACAAAAGUUUAAAGAUAAAUGUGAUAAUGGUAUGUUAGUAAACAUUGUUAUGAAUAUAUGAAUCGUGUGAAGAAAAAAAUAAUCAAAUUUAAUGUAAUCAUGAAAGAUGACCUUAUAGUUACCUAUAACUUCAAAUAGAAUUUUGUUGUCCAUGGUGCAAUUAUGGGUUUUUUUUUGGUCCAUAGUUCAUUUACGGUAAUUUACAGUUUUUUAUAUGAAUAACAUAUUUUUCUGAUGCCAAAACCUCCUAAUUCAUACAAAUACAAGAAUACUAUUCUGUUUGUUGUGGUUCAUAUAGUGUUACUAUUUGUUUUUGACAAGGUAAUUAUUUUGUUGCUGAAUUAUCAGUGAAAUCAUGUCUGAUUAUUUAUAUUACUGUUGCCGUACUUGUGGUUACUAUUCAGUUCUACGAUAGUCUGUCAGUCAAAUGUUAUUUCUUCCUCUUGUAGUAUUUAUUAAUACUUUCAUGUUUCCAUGUACUUCACACAAGUUAAGUAUAUUAAACUUUUGCUCAGCAUCAAGUUUUGUAAUUUAAGCCCUGCUGUACAAAAACAGGAAUUCGAAUAAGCCCGAAAGGCAUUCGACUAGUGCAGGGCUUGCAGGCUCAAGCUAAAUUUGACCACUGGACAAGUAUUUCUUCAGUGGUGUUCUACAAUACAACAUCAUAAUAAUAAAUGUUUCAAAUUGAAUAUAUAUUUCCUGAUCAAAACAUGCCAUUAGAAUAUUAGAUCCUGUAAAUGAUUAUUUAAAUAAAAGCAUUUUAGAAGAAAUAUUCAAUAAUUGUUUGGGUACUGGUCAUUUUUGAUUAUCAUGGACUUGGAACAUACAGUUUAUAUUGUGUGUAACCUGCAUCACAUUUUGUGUAUUAUGAUUCCAUGAUAGUUUUGUGUAUUUAGAAAACAGUCCAAUCAUCAGUGUUAAUGCAUGUUUUUUAUUAGAAUUUUUGUUAUUGUCUCUAUUUUAUGUUCUAUAUUCAAGGCAUCCGACCUACAAAUUUCAUUUUUCUGUUAUAGCUCCAUUAGCCAUUAUGUUAUAUGUUGAUGCCUGAUAAGCCUAUACAAUGUUAGGAUUAUUUGAAAGGGUAUUACUAGCUGAUUACUAAUACGUGAGCUAAAUGAUCUACAGUACAUUAUAGGUGAAGUUAUUUGCAGUUUGUAUUUAAACUCUUUACUAUAGCUGAAAUUGUACUUGAAAUGACUGAUUUUGCCAAAUAAUCCCCCAAAAAUACUUGAUGUGAGUAAUAUUUCAGUAUAAAAAAAACUUUAAAAUGAUAUCAAAAUAAUGGGGUCACCAGGCGAAAAAAAUUCGCACAUUUUUGGGCUAGAUACCUUGAGCACUAACCCAUUACUUUAGCUGCACUUUACACAAAUUAUUAAAAUGAAAUUGAUCAGAUCUGCAUGAUCUAAAUUGACAAUUAAGUGCAAAUAUGAUAUUUUUUAUGAUUGUACAUGGUUAUGAAUACGAAAUGAAUUGUAAAUAAUGUUUUGAUUUGAUCAUGUAUAUACUUCAAUAAUUGUUUUGUAAAUCGGAUUGUUCCACAGAUAGCCUAUUUAAUGUAAUAAAUUAUUUGAAAUUUUA